GUUUCUUUCGUCUAUAAUUCCUAUUCGCUUCCGUUUAUUAGACAAAAGGGUCACAAACAAACCAAAAAAAAACCUUUAGGGUUCGAUUUGCCUCAUUGAUAAUCGCCAUGUCCGGAGAAGAAGAAGAGAACGCCGCCGAACUCAAGAUCGGAGAUGAGUUUUUGAAGGCGAAGUGUUUAAUGAACUGUGAAGUUUCGUUGAUCCUUGAGCAUAAGUAUGAACAGCUUCAGCAAGUCUCCGAGGAUCCUAUGAAUCAAGUUUCUCAAGUGUUUGAGAAGUCCUUACAAUAUGUGAAGCGAUUCAGCCGCUACAAGAAUCCUGAUGCUGUUAGACAAGUUCGAGAAAUUCUGAGCAGACAUCAACUCACUGAGUUUGAGCUUUGUGUUCUUGGCAAUCUCUGUCCUGAAACUGUUGAAGAAGCUGUUGCAAUGGUUCCUUCUCUUAAGACAAAAGGAAGAGCUCACGAUGAUGAAGCAAUUGAGAAGAUGCUCAAUGAUCUCUCCCUUGUGAAGAGGUUCGAGUAGUGUGGAAGAUUCUCAAGAUCUAAAGACUAAGAACAUGUAGCAGGGUGUUACACUUACCUUCUAGCUGAUGUCUGAACAAUUAUCUCUGAAGUUAAUUUUCCAUGUCUGAGAUUAUAUUAGCUUUCUCAUCGCCCAGAAUCUCUGGAAUGAUACUUUCUUGUUGAAUGAAUGUAAUUUACAAUGGAUGAUCCAAGCUUUCUCAAUGAAAUAUAUAACAAUUCCUUUUC